AUGCUGCGCGAGCACCAGGCCGAGGGCACCUGCUCCCACACCUUCGGUGCGCUGGACCCGGUGCAGGUGGUGCAGAUGGCCAAGUAUUUGACCACCGUCUACGUCAGUGGCUGGCAGUCCAGCUCCACCGCGUCCACGUCCAACGAGCCUGGCCCAGACGUGGCCGACUACCCGUACGACACCGUGCCGAACAAGGUCGAGCAGCUGUUCAAGGCGCAGCUGUUCCACGAUCGCAAGCAGUACGAGGACCGGCGCCGCAUGUCCCCCGAGGACCGCGCCAAGACAAAGCCGGUGGACUACAUGAACCCGAUCAUCGCCGACGCCGACACCGGCCACGGCGGCCUCACGGCCACCAUGAAGCUGUGCAAGAUGUUCAUUGAGAACGGGGCAGCGGGCAUCCACAUCGAGGACCAGAAGCCCGGCACCAAGAAGUGCGGGCACAUGGGCGGCAAGGUGCUCGUGUCCACCUGGGAGCACAUCCAGCGCCUGAUCGCCUGCCGCCUGCAGGCCGACGUGCUGAACUCGCCCCUGGUGCUGGUGGCCCGCACCGACGCGGAGGCGGCCACCAUGAUCGACUCCAACAUAGACCCGAUCGACCACCCGCACAUCAAGGGCGCCACCGUCCCGGGGGUCGAGAGCCUCUACGACGCCAUCAGGAAGGGGACUGACAAGGACUGGGAGCAGCGGGCGGGGGCCAUGACGUUCCCGGACGCCGUGGCGAAGGCCCUCCAGGCCAAGGGCACGGACCCGAGCAAGUGGCUCAAGGACUCUUUGAAGAUCGCGCGGACAUGA